AUGGCCCCGCUCAUCCCGCCCAACCAGCCUAUCGACCCCAUGAGGAUUCCGAUCCGAGUCUGCGCUGCCCUCGCCACCGUCCCGGCACCACCUGUGACAUGCUACAUCACGCGCUCAUCAGAGAUGAUAAAGCUGAAGUCUCUCAGUCUCUCCGAGGCAAGUGCUAACCGUAGACUUCUCUAUAACGGCGAGCGGGUGAGGCACGACGAUACGCUUGAGACCCUCGGAAUCGAGGACGACGACAUCCGCGGCGGUGUAACGUUCGAACUCAUGGCUGAGCAUAGCGCCGAUGAAGGGGAGAAACGUGGUAGCUGCCCAUGCAUCUUCUUGUCUGAUCAUCCGUUGCGCAGGUUCAAGGUGCAACGGUCGGGGAGACUCUUGAUACGAACUGACCCCCAGCAUGAGAACCCCGCUGCCAUUAAUCAUCUCUUCCUUCCUCUUUGUCGCCAUUCAUUCGAACAACAUCCUCACUCUAACUAUGCCCUUGAUUCCCAACGACAAGGAGAUCAUUUCCUCAUCGAUGGUGAGACGCUCUCGAGGGAGAGCUCCCUCGCCUCCCUCGGAUUCAGUGACCAGAAGAUUAAGACGGGCAUCACUAUCGAGGUGCUUAUUGAACAGGCCGGCGGGUAG